UUCUCUCUAAUUCGUUUUGGAACUUUGAAUUCUAUACGAUUCACCCUCCGACGACGAUUAGUUUGGAAAUAAUUUUAGCUUUUGCUAUGGAAGAAGAAUAUGAUUGAAUAGGGAAAGAGGAUCAACAUCACUCUCGGAAUCGAGUGAAGCCAUCUCCAUGGCUUCGUCAUCGCCCUCUCCUCCCCAUGUGCCAAUGGAACUCCACGUCGCCAACCGGCAAAAGCUCCUCAACUCUCUCCGCCACCACCUCACCGAUUCCUCUCGUCCUCUCCACGGCUUUGUUUUCCUUCAGGGAGGCGAGGAACAAACGCGCCACGAUACUGACCACAUCGAACUCUUCAGGCAGGAGAGUUACUUUGCUUACUUGUUUGGAGUCAGAGAACCUGGAUUCUAUGGAGCUAUAGACAUUGCGACUGGAGAAUCUAUCCUGUUCAUUCCUCGGUUAUCUGCAGACUAUGCUGUUUGGUUGGGAGAAAUAAAGCCGUUAUCCUACUUCAAGGAAAGAUACCUGGUUAGCGUGGUAUACUACACUGAUGAGAUUGCUGGGGUUUUGCAUGACCAUUUCCAAGGAUCUGGAAAACCCUUGUUUCUAUUACAUGGGCUUAACACUGACAGCAAUAAAUAUGCAGAACCAGCAGAGUUUGAGGGUAUGGAUAAGUUUGAGACGGAUUUGACAACUUUGCAUCCUAUUCUGACUGAAUGCCGUGUUUUGAAGUCGGAGCUAGAGCUUGCCCUUAUCCAAUAUGCCAAUGAUAUAAGCUCUGAAGCUCAUGUUGAGGUUAUGAGAAAAACUACAGUGGGAAUGAAAGAGUAUCAGUUGGAAAGCAUGUUUCUUCACCACACCUACAUGUAUGGUGGCUGUAGGCACUGUUCAUACACUUGUAUUUGUGCUACUGGUGAUAAUAGUGCUGUGCUCCACUAUGGGCAUGCAGCGGCUCCAAAUGACAAGACCUUGGAAGAUGGAGAUAUGGCAUUGCUUGAUAUGGGGGCUGAAUACCAUUUUUAUGGGUCUGACAUAACUUGUUCAUUUCCUGUGAAUGGGAAGUUUACUGGUGAUCAGUCACUCAUAUAUAAUGCUGUCCUUGAAGCACACAAUGCUGUCAUAUCUUCAAUGAAACCUGGAGUAAACUGGGUUGAUAUGCACAUAUUAGCAGAGAAAGUUAUCCUUGAGUCAUUGAAGAAAGGAUCCAUCAUUGUUGGCAAUGUGGACGAUAUGAUGACUGAACGAUUGGGUGCUGUUUUCAUGCCUCAUGGGCUAGGGCAUUUACUUGGUAUUGACACACAUGAUCCUGGGGGCUACUUAAAGGGAAUGGAGAGACGAAAAGAACCUGGAUUGAGGGCCUUGCGGACAAUUAGAGAGCUCCAGGAGGGAAUGGUGAUUACAGUCGAGCCUGGAUGCUACUUCAUUGAUGCUUUGUUGCUUCCAGCCAUGGAAAGUUCAAACACUGCAAGAUUCUUCAAUCAGGAAGUAAUUGGCAGAUUUAAAGGUUUCGGUGGAGUUCGAAUUGAAAGUGACGUGCAUGUCUCUGCCGGUGGGUGCAAGAAUAUGACGAAGUGUCCCCGGAAAAUAUCGGAGAUCGAAGCAGUGAUGGCGGGGGCACCAUGGCCGAUUGACAAGACCUCUAUUUAUUUAGAAAAUGGUAGAGAGCAGGUUUAACAGUUGCUGCCCCUGAUAAUGUGCUCUCCAUGAGGCUGACUUCUGCUGUCAUAGAUUUUGUGCUUUUAUAAUGUGAAUUUUUUUUUUUUUUGCUUUGUGUUUCUAUUCUUGGAGUGAACAUUAUGAUAUGCUACAGCUGGAUGGAUUCCUUGGGCUAGGAAUUUGAUAGAACUUAAUUUUGAUUGUCCAAUGAAUCCAGAGUUUUGGCUCCAAUUAUUGAAUAUGGACGGUCAGGAUACCUCUCACUCUCAGCAUUAAAAUCA